AUGUCACAUGUAACAUCUCCAACUGGUUCAAAGGGCAGCCCCCAAUUGCUGGCUACUUAUUUUGAAAUUGACAGAUGCCAUAUUGUUUUGUGGUCGAAAAUUGCAAAACAUCUACCUGGAAGGACAGAUAACGAAAUAAAGAACUAUUGGAGGACUCGAAUUCAAAAGCACAUUAAGCAAGCCGAGAACAAUUGCACGACCAGCCAAUUAGGCGGCGAUCAGCACAACACAGAUCAAGUCAGCACGAGCCAGAUUUCAGGCUAUGGCCCGACUGAUCAUGCAGUCGAGUCCUAUUCCCCAACCUCCUUGAAUGGGAAUGUGGAAGCUUAUCAAGGCCCUUUUCCCACUUACCAAACGAAUGAAAGCCUUUGGGGCAUGGAGGAUCUUUGGUCCAUGCAUUUGCUCAAUGGGGAUUAA